AGAAAAUCCUUUCUUUUUCCCCCACAUCCACUCGUAACGGGAAGAGGAGACAGGGCUCGUCGCCAGCUCGACUCCUUCCCCAACACCAGCUCAGAAGCAGCCGCUUCUCGAAGCGAGCAAAGAAAUUCCCGACGAUUGGGAGCAUGGGCGCUAACGGUCACCCGCCGACGGCGAGCGUCGCCGCGCAGAACGGGUCCCACUCGAGCGGCGGCGGAGCAGGAGGAGGAGGCGGGGGAGGGGGAGGAAACCCUAGCCCCCGCAGCACGGCGGCGGCGCUCCGGCACGACCCGGGCCUGUCACAGGAUUGGUCGUCGGAGGAACAGGCCAUCCUCGACGACAUGCUUGUCAAGCUUGCGUCCGAUGCACCUGUUAUACGUUAUGCAAAAAUAGCCAUGAAGCUGCCACAGAAAACAGUUCGGGAUGUGGCCUUGCGGUGUAGAUGGAUGAAUAAAAAGGAGAGUGGUAAAAGAAAGAAAGAGGACCACAGCUCGGUGAAGAAAAGCAAGGACAAAAAGGAGAAGGUUUCAGACUCUUCAUCAAAACCACCUGUUCAUAUAGCUGGAAGGCCUAGUGUUCCUCCAUACCCCCUUCCAGCACUUCCCAUUGAUGAUGACGAGAUUUCAUCCAAAGCAAUUGGAGGUCCAACAGGAGAACUCCUUGAAACUAAUGCCCAGGUUUUGAGUCAAAUUUCAACAAACCUCGGCACCAUGCAGAUACAGGAUAACAUCUCUCUGCUGUGCCAAACUCGAGAUAACAUACUUAGGGUCCUGAAAGAGAUGAACGAUGCUCCAGAGAUCAUGAAGCAGAUGCCACCACUACCUGUGAAGAUAAACGAGGAGCUUGUCAACUCGAUACUCCCCAGGCCAACUGUACCUAUGCAGUAGUGAUAGUGAAUGGAAUACAUCAUCUGUAGUCUCAAUAGCCCUUUAGAUAGGAAGCUAAAAUAAAGAAAACUAGCAGGCUGGUUGUGCAUUUGCGUGGCUAAAUUUGUUAUGUCUUGGUACAUUUGUGGUUUCGUGUAUUUACUCUGUUAGCUUUCUGGGCGUUUUUAGGUAGACUUGUAAAAUUAUAGAAAAACUAAAGGAAAUUAUUUGGCGUUAGCUGUUUCUCAGUGAGUUUCUCUUUUUGCUUUAA